AUUGACCUAAUGCCUCAUGACGUGAUCACCCAGCUGCUGCGGGUGCUGGCCAUCGAGACCAAGCAGGAGAAGGCCAUCAUCAAUGCCGACCCCACUGAGGUGGCCCUCAGCGGCCUGGAGGCCUUCUCCUUCGACUACAUCGUCAAGUGGCCGCUGUCGCUCAUCAUCAACAGGUAGGUAUACUGGCUAUAUCCAAGGACAGGUCUCCCUUGGGAAAGAGGUCUUCUGACCUCAGUAUGACCUGGUUCUUUUAUUUUAUUUUUUCUUCUUCAGGAAAGCGCUGACGAGAUACCAGAUGCUCUUCCGACACAUAUUUUACUGCAAACAUGUCGAGAGGCUGUUGUGCAACGUCUGGAUCAGCAACAAAACAGCCAAGCAGUACGCCUUGCACAGGGCCAAGUGGUGAGUUGACAAAACUCCUUCAGUUAACUUCCUUGUUUGUUUCUCUAGUACCAGCUUCCUAAUAUCAAGUUCUGAUAUGAGCUAUCUGGUUUCCUCCUCCCUCUAGGUUUGCAACAGCGUUUGCCUUGAGACAGCGCAUGCUGAACUUUGUUCAGAACAUCCAGUACUACAUGAUGUUUGAAGUCAUGGAGCCCACCUGGCACAUCAUGGAGAAGAACUUGAAAUCUGUAAGUGGAAUGUAACCAAGGCUGCUUUUCACCUUGAUAGCAUUCAGUGCUAUCUUGUAUUAGCCUAUAGCUGCUUCUAACAUAAUUGUUCUGUGCAUAUUGUAGUAGUGGCAUUCAUUACAAAUGUCAGCCAUGAGGCUUUACUUUGCUUUGACCCAAGAUUGUUGUGGUCAAACAGUUUUUCCAGUCCCAAUUAAAUGUACUUUCAUGUACAUUACUAAUUACUGCAUGCUGCGGUUUAGUGCACACUGUCGUAACAGUCCCAAGCCCUGCAUUGAUCAGGAAUGUCAUAAUAGAGUCCAUAUUGUCUUCCUCAGGCCUCCAACAUAGACGACGUGCUGUGUCAUCACACCAGCUUCCUGGACAACUGCCUGAAGGACUGCAUGCUGACCAACCCAGAGCUGCUCAAGAUCUUCUCCAAGCUCAUGUCCGUGUGUGUCAUGUUCACCAACUGCAUGCAGGUUAGUGGAUGUGGAACGCAAACUACAAAACCGGGACUGUCAUGGCAGCUUGUUGUAGCUUACAUGUAACGUUUAUUGACAUGCAACUCGUGCACAUUAGAUAAUCUGACUGCAGUAUUAUGAUAUGUAGGCUUCUUUCCCCCCCAGUGUGCCGUGUAUGACUGACUAUACAGUGUCUCUCACUGCUGAUCCUUAUUAAAUGUGUCUACAGUGCAUUCGGAAAGUAUUCAGACCCCUUGACUUUUUCCACAUUUUGUUACGUUACAGCCUUAUUCUAAAAUUGAUUAAAUUAAUUGUUUUCCUCAUCAAUCUACACACAAUACCCCAUAAUGACAAAGCGAAAACAGGUUUUUAGAAAUGUUUGCUAAUUUAUAAAAAAUAAAAAAUAAAUACCUUGUUUACAUAAGUAUUCAGACCCUUUGCUAUGAGAUUCGAAAUUGAGCUCAAGUGCAUCCUGUUUCCAUUGAUCAUCCUUGAUGUAUCUACAACUUGAUUGGAAGCCACCUGUGGUAAAUUCAAUUGAUUGGACAUGAUUUGGAAAGGCACACACCUGUCUAUAUAAGGUCCGACAGUUGACAGUGCAUGUCAGAGCAAAAACCAAGCCAUGAGGUUGAAGGAAUUGUCCGUAAAGCUCCGACAUAGGAUUGUGUCGAGGCACAGAUCUGGGGAAUUUUACCAAAAGAUGUAUGCAGCAUUGAAAGUCCCCAAGGACACAGUGGCCUCCAUCAUUCUUAAAUGGAAGAAGUUUGGAACCUCCAAGACUCUUCCUAGAGCUGGCCGCCCGGCCAAAGCAAUCGGUGGAGAAGGGCCUUGGUCAGGGAGGUGACCAAGAAACCGAUGGUCACUGACAGAGCUCCAGAGUUCCUCUGUGGAGAUGGGAGAACCUUCCAGAAGGACAACCAUCUCUGCAGCACUCCACCAAUCAGUCCUUUAUGGUAGAGUGGCCAGAUGGAAGCCAUUUCUCAGUAAAAGGUACAUGACAGCCUGCUUGGAGUUUUCCAAGAGGCACCUAAAGGACUCUCAGACCAUGAGAAACCAGAUGAUCUUGUCUGAUGUAACUAAGAUUGAACUCUUUGGCCUGAAUCCCAAGCAUCACGUCUGGAGGAAACCUGGAACCAUCCCUACGGUGAAGCAUGGUGGUGGCAGCAUCAUGCUGUGGGUAUGUUUUUCUGCGGCAGGGACUGGGAGACUAGUCAGGAUCGAGGGAAAGAUUUAACGGAGCAAAGUACAGAGAGAUCCUUGAUGAAAACCUGCUCCAGAGCGCUCAGGACCUAAGACUGGGGUGAAGGUUCACCUUCCAACAGGACAACGACCCUAAGCACACAGCCAAGACAACGCAGGAGUGGCUUCGGUACAAGUAUCUGAAUGUCCUUGAGUGGCCCAGCCAGAGCCCGGACUUGAACCCAAUCGAACAUCUCUGGAGAGACCUGAAAAUAGCUGUGCAGCGACGCUCCCCAUCCAACCUGACAGAGCUUGAGAGGAUCUGCAGAGAAGAAUGGGAGAAACUCCCCAAAUACAGGUGUGCCAAGCUUGUAGCGUUAUACCCAAGAAGACUCGGGCUGUAAUGGCUGCCAAAGGUGCUUCAACAAAGUACUGAGUAAAGGGUCUGAAUACUUAUGUAAAUGUGAUAUUUCAGUUUUAUAUUGUUAGUAAAUUGGCAAACAUUUAAAAAAAACUGUUUUUGCUUUGUCAUUAUGGGGUAUUGUGUGUAGAUUUAUGAGGGAAAAAUUAAUAAUUGAAUCCAUUUUAGAAUAAGGCUGUAACAAAAUGUGGAAAAGGUCAAGGGGUCUGAAUACUUUCCGAAUGCACUGUAUUUCCUGGUGUAGCGCUUCACCCAGAGCAUGAAGCUGGACCGGGAGAUGAACCGUCUGUCUCUGGAGCAUGGCACCAUGGAGGGUCCUCCCACCCAGAGCGAACGCACCGAGGAGCAAGAGAAGAAGAGGCUCACCUCCAAGGUAACUAUACACAUACUCACUCAUAUACAGAAGAUACUCACUACUCUAAACAACUUGUAGCAGUGCUUUCAAAGGUAAAAACCUGUAUUACAAUAGGUGUUUUACCUGAGUAUGUUAUAUAGAACAACAACCAAAUACAGUGGAAUUGUAAUGAUGGCAAUUAGCAUUUGUAUUCUGUCUCAAAUACUAUCUAUCAAAUAUAGCAUGAUUGAUGAUGUGAUAUGCUAUUCCCCAAUCAGCAAGUGUCUUACCUAUGUCGUUUCCCACGUCGUCAGUUCCUAGCGGAGCACGUGGAUGCCCUGCAGUCAGACGCAGGCUUCGAAGCCACCAUCAGCAAGUUCGACAGCAACUUCAGUACACUGCUACUGGACCUUCUUGACAAGCUCAGCAUCUACAGCACCAAUGACUGUGAGCACAGCAUGAUUAACAUAAUCUACAGGUGGGUGUACUACUGCACAGGGCCCGGUUUCCCGAUAGCGAUGGAACUUAGACUUACAAGUAUUUUAGCAUUGCAUCGUCCCUACAACGGCCGAAGAGGUAACGUGUGUUUCCCAAAAACACCACGCAGAAAGAACUUUCACUAAGUGCGUCGUUGGAGCAUGUGUCGAUACUGGUGGGAUCGAAAGAAAGGCAGCGCUGCGCUCAGAUCAGCUUUCUCCAUUCACAUCUUACCUUAACAUUGUAAUUAUUCCACGCUGCUGACGACGGAUCAGCUCCUAGAGAUAUGUUAUCACCCAUAUGGCUGCAAAUAUUGAGGAAGCUUAUUCGAAUGCUUAGCCUACCCUAUAAUAAUGCACUGAAUCUUAGAUUUGGCACAUCAUUGUGGACAUGUUACACAUCAUGAAAUACAUUAAGGCAAAAAUGACAGGCAGUAGCCUACAAUUAUGAAUAUAAAAAGGAUUUAAAUAUAUAGGCCUAUAUAGCCUACUGUAUUUAUCUUUAAAUGCAGUCAUCUGUUUUUAUUUUCAAGCAUAAUGUUAUCCUUUGCUUGUUUGUAACAAUUACAAAGACAUUGGCAACUUCGUUCUGAAGUUGUCACAGAGAGACAGAUGAAUGACUUUCUGUGUAUAAAGUGACGUGGAAGGGCAAAAAAAUGAUCUAACGACAAUUGCUGUUCUACGUGUGGUCUGAGGCAGUCGGUAAAUAACGAGCGUUUUCAAGUGCAACUUUAGUAACGAUGGUUUUGGGAAACACCUUGGAGAUUUAACAAUGCUCCUACAAAGGUUCUUACGAUGAACUUAACCUUAAGAUGCUUUUGGGAAACCGGGCCAAGGUUUAUCUCCAACUCUGGUACUGGAGAGAUGAUUCAACUGAUCAAGGUCCAGACUGAAGACCGUAAUAAGUUGGUUAUUUGAAAAGGAUGUGUUAGUGCUGGGCUGGAAAGAAAUCCUGCAAACCCCAUACCUCUUCAGGGCCUGGUUUCCUGAUAUUAAUGGAACUUAGGCUUACGAGGGUUAUUAACAAUGCAUCUUUCCUACAACGGUUAAAGAUGUAACAUGCCCUUCCUAAAACACCAUGCAGAGAGAACGGUCGCUAAGUGUGUUGUUGGAGCAUGUGUCGAUAUUGAUAGGAUCGAAAAAAAGGAAGUGCUGCUCUCGGAUCAGCUUUCUCCAUACAAAUAUUUCCUUAACAUUAUAAUUAUUUCACAAUACUGACGACGGAUCAGCUCCUAGAGAGAGAUUACCACCUACGGCUCCAAACAUUCAGGCUGCUUAUUCUAAUGCUUACCCAAUAAAUAUCACAGAUUUGGCACAUAAUUGCGCACGUUAGGCUACACAUCAUGAAAUAUGUAGCCUACAAGUAGCACCAUAGAACUCAAUUGAUUGAACAUAGGCCUAUAGCUUACUGUUUAUAUUUUAAUGCAGUCAUCUCAGUUUUCAUUUCAAAAUAUACGUUGCUUGUUUGUAUCAAUUGCAAAGACGUUGGCAACUUUGUAUUUGUAGUCAACUUUGUUCGGAAGUUAUCAAGGUCACAGAGAGACUGAUAAACCAUGUGAUUCUAUGUUUAGUGGAGAUCUUCUAUGUGUAAAGUAACGUGGGAGGGCAAAAAAGCAACUAAGGACGCACUUAGCUGUUCUACGAGUGAUCUGAAGUAGCCGUUAGAUUACGAGCGUUUUCAAGUACAACAACUGCUAUAUGGUUUUGGGAAAUAGCUCUGAGAUUUAACGAUGCUCAUAUGAAGGUUCUAACGAUGAACCUAGCCUUAAAGGGACAUUUCUAAAUGUUUCAACUUCAUAUUCAUCAUCUCCAGCACCACCCCAACAUCAGCAUAUGUGAAAAUUGCAGGUUUCUAAUUAUGUUUUGUGGUAAAAAAAAAAGGUAGAGGAAGAUAAGUGUUUCCAAUGACCUCAUCGGUGUGCAUUGUGUGAUUUUAACCAAUUAUGAGUAGGCAUUGCCUACUAAUUGUCUAAUAAUUGGUUGAUGUCAUUGGAAACACUUAUUUUCACAUAUGUUGAUGUUGGGGUGGUGCUGGGGAUGAUGAAUAUGAAGUGAAACAUUUAGAAAUCUCCCUUUAAGAUGCUCUUGAGGAAAAAGGGCCCAGGACCUGAGUUGGGAACCCCUGGUCUAUAGAUCCUAGUUAGUUGCUUAAAUGGAUAGGCUAAGCUACAGUUACAAUCCUAGUAAAAACUGCUUUGAACUUGAUUCCAUAGGUUGGAUUUCAACGGGUUCUACACAGAGCGUCUUGAGAGGAUGGCUAUAGAGAGAAGUCAGAAGGCUGCUGCGUAG